UCUCUGAACAUUCACUGUGUGAGAAGGGAAAUUCCUCACACGCAGGCCUGGUAAGAAGAGCACAUGCUGCUGCAAGGAAAAUUCAGAGGACAGAAUUUCUAGAGGAAAGUGGCCAUGGACCUGAUUCCAAGCUUCUCCACAGAAACCUGGGUUCUCCUGGCUACCAGCCUGGUGCUCUUCUAUCUAUAUGGGACCUAUACACAUGGACGUUUUAAGAAGCUGGGAAUUCCUGGGCCGACACCCCUGCCUUUUGUGGGAACUGUUCUGAGCUAUCGCCAGGGUUUUGUGCCUUUUGACAAGGAAUGUUAUAAAAAGUAUGGAAAAAUGUGGGGGUUCUAUGACGGUCGACAGCCUGUGUUGGCUAUCACCGAUCCAGACAUGAUCAAAACAGUGCUGGUGAAAGAAUGCUAUUCUGUCUUCACAAAUCGGCGGGCUAUAGGUCCACUGGGAUUUAUGAAAAGUGCCAUCUCUAUAGCUGAGGAUGAAACUUGGAAGAGAAUACGAACGUUGCUGUCUCCAACCUUCACUAGUGGAAAGCUCAAGGAGAUGUUCCCCAUCAUUAACCAGUACGGAGAUGUGUUGGUGAGGAACAUGAGGAAAAACGCAGAGGAAGGCAAACCCAUCAACUUGAAAGACAUCUUUGGGGCCUACAGCAUGGAUGUGAUUACUAGCACAUCAUUUGGAGUGAACGUGGAUUCCCUCAACAACCCACAAGAUCCCUUUGUGGAGAAAACAAAAAAGCUCUUAAGAUUUACAUUCUUCGAUCCAUUCAUCCUCUGCAUGACACUCUUUCCAUUCUUUGGCCCAAUUUUUGAAUCAUUAAAUAUUUUUCUAUUUCCAAAAAGCGUUACUGAUUUUUUCAUAAAAUCUGUCAAAAGGAUGAAAGAAAGUCGCCUCCAAGAUAAACAAAAGCACCGAGUGGAUUUUCUUCAGCUGAUGAUUAAUUCCCAGAAUUCCAAAGAAACGGACUCCCAUAAAGCUCUGUCUGAUCUGGAGCUUGUGGCCCAAUCUGUUAUCUUUAUUUUUGCUGGCUAUGAGACCACUAGCACUUCUCUUUCCUUCCUUAUGUAUUUAUUGGCCACUCACCCCGAUGUGCAGCAGAAACUGCAGGAGGAGAUUGAUGCCACGUUUCCCAAUAAGGCACCUCCCACAUAUGAGGCCUUGGUCCAGAUGGAGUAUCUUGACAUGGUGUUGAAUGAAUCUCUCAGAUUAUUCCCAGUUGCUGGUAGAAUUGAGAGAGUCUGUAAGAAGGAUGUGGAAAUCAAUGGGGUGCUCAUUCCGAAAGGCACAGUGGUGAUGGUGCCAAACUUCACUCUUCACCGAGAUCCAGCACACUGGGCAGAGCCUGAGGAGUUCCGUCCCGAAAGGUUCAGUAAGAUGAACAAGGACAGCAUAAAUCCUUACAUAUACAUGCCCUUCGGAAAUGGACCCCGAAACUGCAUUGGCAUGAGGUUUGCUCUCAUGAACAUGAAACUUGCUGUCAUCAGAGUUCUGCAGAACUUCUCCUUCAAGACUUGCAAAGAAACACAGAUCCCUCUGAAAAUAGAAUCUCAAGGAAUUAUUCAACCAGGAAAUCCCAUUGUUCUAAUGGCUGAGUUGAGGAAUAAGACCGUAAGGGGAGCAUGACUCUCCCUGUGAACUUACACCUUGUUCUUCAAGGGAGCUGCGUCCCUGACACUGGAGAUCUCAAUGUACUUUGUGAAUAAAACCCAGAAAUAAAGAUGGGCUAAACCUACUGCACUUGA